AUGGCGCGGAAGGCGUGGACGCUCGUCGGCGACCUCUCGAACGGCGCGGAGGCGCGCGCGGUGCCCUGCGUCGGCCGCGCGGAGCGCGCGCCGCCGGUCAAGGUCUUCGAGUACGAGGCCAAGCCCGUCGUGCCCCGGGGUGGCGCCGUCAAACCCGUGGAGAACGCGGGCUGCGACUGCGUCGGGUCGUGCGGGCCGAGGUGCCCGUGCGUGUGCCGCGGCGGCGAAGCAAACGCUUACGGCGCCGACGGCACGCUCACGAACCAGCGCAUCGGCAACUUCGUCUUCGAGUGCCACGACGACUGCAACUGCCGCGCCGCCGCGUGCCGGAACCGCGUCGUCGGCGCCGGGCUCAAGCUGCCGCUCGAGGUCUUCCACACGGGCACGGACAAGGGCUGGGGCGUCCGCUGCCGCGACAAGAUCACCAAGGGCACCUUCGUCGCCGCCUACGGGGGCGAGAUCCUCACGCAAGACGAGGCCGAGGAGCGGGGCCGCAAGCGCGGCGACGAGUACUUCCUGGAUUGCUUCGCCGCGCCGCCGCCGCAGCCGCGCGCCGCCGCCUUCCUCGUCAUCGACGCCAAGUGGAAAGGCUCCGUCGCGCGCUUCUUCAACCACAGCUGCGUGCCCAACAUGCGCGGCGCGACGGUCUACGUCGAGUCCGACAUGCCCCGCCUCGCCUUCUUCGCCCUCAAGGACAUCCGGAAGGGCACGGAGCUCACGUGGGACUACAAGCGGACGCAGAACGAGACCGACGGCGUCCCCUGCCUCUGCGGCUACGCGAACUGCCGCGAGGGCCUGCUCUGA